UGAAUACUACAACUCUCUGAAGUGGAUCCUGGAAAAUGACCCCACCGAGCUGGAUCUCACGUUUUGCAUAGAUGAGGAAAACUUUGGGCAGACAUAUCAAGUGGACCUGAAGCCCAACGGGUCCGAAAUGAUGGUAACAAAUGAAAACAAGCGGGAAUACAUUGAGCUUCUUCAUCAGACCUUUCUACAAGAUGAUGCUGGGGAAGCCCAUAACCCUGAAGGACAUGGAGUCAGUGGAUAGUGAAUACUACAACUCUCUGAAGUGGAUCCUGGAAAAUGACCCCACCGAGCUGGAUCUCACGUUUUGCAUAGAUGAGGAAAACUUUGGGCAGACAUAUCAAGUGGACCUGAAGCCCAACGGGUCCGAAAUGAUGAUGGUAACAAAUGAAAACAAGCGGGAAUACAUUGACCUGGUCAUCCAGUGGCGAUUUGUCAACAGAGUGCAGAAAGAAAUGAAUGCCUUUCUGGAGGGAUUCACAGAACUGCUUCCUAUCGACCCGAUUAAAAUUUUUGAUGAAAAUGAGCUGGAGUUACUGAUGUGUGGCCUUGGUGGCGUGGAUGUCAGCGGCUGGAGACAACACACCAUCUACAAAAAUGGUUACUGCCCAAAUCACCCUGUUAUCCGGUGGUUCUGGAAGGCUGUGCUGCUGAUGGACGCUGAGAAGCGGAUCCGGCUGCUGCAGUUCGUGACCGGGACGUCCCGCGUGCCCAUGGACGGGGCGGGACAGGGGCGGGACCGGGCAGUCCCAGAAGGCAGAGCCCGGGAGGAACCGGGAUGA